AAGCCAUUUUAUUUAUGCCAUAAUUAGUGUGGCAUUAAUUGUGUUUAUUUAAAUCAUGUUAUGAUAUGUUUGUAAAAUUAAUACUUUGUUUAAUAAACAUUUAAACAUAAUAAUAAUGGGCAAUAAGCCGGACAAACACUCUAACAAACAUAACAGCAAAGACGAAAAAUCGGAAAAACAAACGUCUAUUUCCAGUAAUAAUAGUUUCAAUACAUUAACAAAAGGCAAAUCAUCUCAAAAUCAAGACAAUGGCCAACAAUCAGCACAACUCAUACGAAUCACACCCAACGGUAACCCUACUGAAGAGGUUUGUCCAAAGCCUAGGGUAUUGUCGACUCCGGUGGCGGUGGAAAAUGCGGAUAACAUAGUGAUAGCGAUGUUUGGCUAUAAGGCUGAACACUCGGGUGACCUGAGCUUUAGGAAAGGCGAGAAACUUGAAGUGAUAGAGAAGAGCGAUCCCGACUGGUGGACAGUCAGGCGCAUAGAGACGGGUGAAAGCGGUUAUAUUCCCGCCAAUUAUGUCGGAACUGCUAUUGAGUCCAAAGACUGGUACUACGGAUGCAUCGGUAGGCGAGCGGCAGAAAAGUUACUAUUAUAUGGCGAAUACCCGAUCGGCACUUUCCUCAUCAGACUUAGUAUGCAAAAUCGCGAAGUUCUGGAUCAGGUGUCACAACAUAAAUAUCGUAUCCCAAAGCCAAUAGGGGUGGAGUGUCCCGACUCUUACUACGAUAUAAUGCUCAAGUGUUGGGACGAAGUGCCCGAAAAUAGGCCCACAUUUGAGUAUUUGUAUCAUUUCUUCGAGGAUUACUUCGUGGCCACAGAAAGACAAUACCAUAGGGCGGACGAUAACAUGGAUGACCAAUGA